AGCAUAGCCUAAGAUAACAUGCGAAAACGAAGUGUUUAGCCUAUCUGUGGAUUUGUAAGCAUUCUGUUUCGCUCAUCAUAACAGUAACCCAGACUGAAAAAUAAUGCUUAUGGAUUCUGUAUUGAACGUUUUUUAUUAUGAUUUUCAUCAGACAAUCCCCUUCACUGAGAUUAUACCGGGUGGUCUUCACCCAGGAGAAAUGAUUGUUAUACAGGGAUGUGUUCAUGAUGAUGCGGACAGGUUUCAGUUCGAUUUGACAUGUGGCUGCAGCACAAAGCCACGGGCGGACGUCGCCUUUCACUUCAAUCCCCGCUUCAGCAGCUCUCCACAGAUUGUGUGCAACUCAUUACAACAUGAAAACUGGGGAAGAGAGGAAAAUAUUGACCGUAUGCCUUUUAAACAAGGAGCGUCUUUUGAGACCAUAAUCUUGGUUCUUUGUGAUGUUUUCAAGGUAGCAGUUAAUGGUGUUCACAUUUUGGAGUUCAAACACAGAAUUCCUCUUGAGAUGGUCAACACAUUUUCAGUCUCUGGAAAAGUAGAACUGCAUGCCAUUGGCUUUAUCCCUGAAUCAGCAGUAUUUUCAAAAUCAGGUGACCUAAGCAUACCCUACAAGGGCAGUUUAUUUCGAGGAGUCAUUCCAGAGCAGCAUAUUACAAUCAAAGGGCACAUCAGCUUAUUUCCUCACAGUUUCACUGUUAACCUGAGGUGUAGCCAAUCAAACAACAUUGCCCUGCACCUGAACUCGCACAUCAAAUCUGGCAUGCUUAUCAGGAACUCUCUUCUCUGCCAAUCAUGGGGCCAAGAAGAACGUGAACUGCAAUACUUUCCUUUUUCAGCUGGAAACUACUUUGAGAUGAUCAUCCUAUGUCAGCUUCAUCAGUUCAGGAUAGGAGUAAACGGAUCCCACCUGCUGGAUUAUAGGCACAGAGUGCAGGACUUGAGCUCCAUUGAUCAGCUGGAGAUUCUGGGUGACGUGGAACUGCAAAAUGUUCAAUUGUGGUGAGAUGGAAAGCAACAUCAGGAUAUUUAGAUUUUUCCUCACUUCUCUUUCCAGUGUUCUUCACCAUGCAUGAUUUUAAAGAACAUAUGAUUCUGUUAUGAUGUCUCAAGUCAAUAAAUAGAAGUAUGGCACAGUGACUACGUUUAAAUAGACAUCAGUAAUGUAAUUAUUUACCUUAUUCUAAAUAAGACAAUAUUAUGAUUAAGGUGUUUACAUGAGUGGCUUUUAGAAUAUUCCUUUCAUGAUCCCGUUUUACAUGUUAUAGUACAUAGAUCUAUUAAUGGCACACGUCAUUGCGUCCCCUCCAGAAUUUCAUGUAUAAACAUAGUUUGUCUUUGUUAUGGUGCCAUAUACAGUUUUGGGUGUUUUAUUUUUAAUUUCAGCUUUCAAGCUUCAAAUGCAGUUAAUUAUUUGUCAUAUUAUAUGUGCAAACAGAGGAUGGCAUUGUUGAGGCCAUGCUCUUUUGUUUGCCAUCAAACGGUUAACCACAACAUGUCUAUACUACACUUCAAUAAUGCGACUAAAAUAGGAAUACUCCACAUACUUCGAGUAUGACUUUAACCAGAUUAAGAUAAUCAAAAAUCUUUGUUACAUGGCAGAUUCUUAAUCAGAGCAUUGUCUUAAUCGUGUUAUAUUUUUGUCCAUGUAAACGUACUCAGUGACAAAUGCUCGUUUGACAAAAAGUUGUUAACUAUUUAAGUUGUUAACUGUGUUUUUACCAUCAGCCAUCACUUAACAUGAAGGGCUUAUUUUGUUGGGAACCCACUUUUUUCUAAUCCAAAUGUAUCCUCUUAAUGCGAAGAAGACAAGGAUGACAACUGAAAGCAUUACAUCAGAAGUUAUUCAUUUAAAACAUUUAUUUGCUUGCUUGCUCUAUCAUUAUCCAGUAAUAAAGUAUACUGUGACCUUGAAUUUCUCUUGAUUUUUCUUAAAUUAGGUCAGUUAACUUUAAAUCCUCAAUAAUAACAGCAUGAUCAUCUAUAGGCAUCACUUAGCUGUAAUAUGAUUACUCUGAUUACAGAUUUUCCUAGAUAUCUGUGACAAGGACAUGUUGGUGAAAUGUUUGGAAAAAUUGAUAGUUACAGUGGAUCAUGUCAAUCCUUUAACUUUAAUUCCCUUAUCCUUUUUUUGCAAUUACAUUUACCCAGCUGGUUCUAAAAUGAUUUUUAGUGGAUAUUCAAAAUUAAGUCAAGUUCAUAGGUGUAGUUCAUCACAUUAGUAAAUUACUUAUCUUUAGUAAAUGUAUGACAAAAAUAUCCAAGUACUUCCAGUUUUUAUUUUGUAUAGUUUAUCUAUUGUUUUAUCAUUUAAAAUCUAACAGGCGCCUUUGUGAAAUGUUUGGAUUGAAAAAUGUAAUGAAAUUACAUUCAUGCAAUAAAUGAGGCUUAAA